ACAUUUCUCUCGGUACAUUCGAGUUAGAGCAAUUGACCUGGCCAUUUCGCUUCCCGCUGUUCAGUAGUGGUGUGUUGGUGUCUUUUUAGAGUCAGUGUUGCCAUAAAAUAGAGGAAAAAUGGCGUUAAAGUUGGUGCUGGUCUGCCUGGCCUUAGCAGCGUGUGCGCAAGCGCGUCUCUUCACGCUAUACCGGCCGUCUGACGCGCAGGCGGCGCCCACGCUGCACGUCCAGCCGCGCCUCGGCUUCGACCACCACCACAUAUCUGAGGACGAGCACGUUGACUAUUAUGCGUACCCAAAGUACGUUUUCAAGUAUGGAGUGAAUGACUUUCACACUGGCGAUAUUAAGACGCACCACGAAAGCCGAGAUGGAGAUGUUGUAAAAGGUCAAUAUACCGUAGUCGAGCCGGACGGUUCCCUCCGCACGGUCGACUACACCGCCGACAAGCACAACGGUUUCAACGCCGUCGUCCACAAGACCGCGCCCAUAUCGCAACACGAAGCUGCGCAUUUGCACCACCAUUAGAUUAAGUAACAAUCAGUUCUGAAUUUCAAAGAAAACAGGAUAAAAAUAG